GUAUGUAGCGGAGCCUCGUGUUGGUUGGGCUCGCUCCCUGCCUCUACCCGGGCUCAGUAACACAACUCCCACAACAAUUUCUGUCGCUUUUUUUACGCAUUGUAUGGAGCCUCCAUCGUUUCUCUAACCCGUUUACGGAACCGGAACCGGGGGGAUGGCAGCCGGAUUCGGUCCGGUUUAAGGGGUGGGAAUGAAUCGCCACAAGGAUAAAUGGUUAUAAACAAUUAUUUAUAUUCAAUGCUAGCUUUUGAUUGUGACUGACUCGCCGAGAGAGGGAGAGAGAGGUGGUGGGGGGGAAUAUCAUGGCCGCUCAGGUCGCCAGCGCCGCCACUCUAAACACUAGCCCGCCUUCCGAACUCAAAAAGCCGGAUCGAGAGCCCAAGGAGGAUCCGGUACCGGGGGAGAAACAGUCUGAGAUAAAGCAGCCGGGCUUGGACGGCGGAUCACCGGGCAGGGGGGAUCUGCAGGACGGGGCCGACGGUGGAAAUGCAGGGGGAGGAGGGGAACCUGAGAUGAAGAACGGGAAUGGGAACCCGCCCAGGGCUAACAAUAAUAACCAGAAUGACUCUGUUGGACCGGAGGGAAAUAUCCAUCCCGGCUUGGUGCAUCACCACGGCCCCGCUUUUCCUCCACCUUCGUACGGAUACAGUCAGCACUACGGUCGGGCCCCUUUUCAUCAACAUGGCGGACAACAAAGCCCUGGCAUGGCAGCUGCUGCGGGUCCGGUCGUGCAGUCGAGCAAUAUGAUGGAGCCGUAUCAACCUAACUCCCACGACCAUGGCUUUUCAAACCACCAAUUUAACAAUUACAACCCUUUCCCGAACAGAACUCCUUAUCCCGGCCAGGCUUACGCCAUGAACUCCCCUCGCAGCAGCCAGGCGCCGACAGCUGGGGGGCAGCCAGCUAACGUGAAGCAGCAGCAGCCACCAGCGGGAGGACCCACGGCGAUGGCUGGAUCUUACAAUAACCAGAGAUAUAAUAUUGGAACCCCUCAGCCUACAUCCACACCGACACUCAAUAAGCUCCUAACCUCCCCUAGCUCAACGCGGGCUUAUCCAAACUACCCGUCCAGUGACUACAGCAGCCCUGAAGGAGCUAGUAAGGGACCAGCAGACAUGGGCAGCAGCGGUCUGUAUGGAGGGAGCAACCCGGGCUGGCAACAAAGAAGCCAUCUCCCGUCGCCCAUGAGCCCGGGAAGUGCCGGGCAGCCGCUAUCUAGAAGCCAGCCACCCGGUUCCAUGGAUCCGAUGGGAAAAAUGAGAGGUCAGCCAUAUGGAGCAAGCAGUCCAUACGGUCAACAGUCACAACAGGGGCCUCCUACAGGUCCACAACAAGGGCCUGGUUACCCUGGUCAGGGUUAUGGCCCUCCAGGUCCACAGCGGUAUCCAGUGGGAAUGCAAGGACGAACGCCUGGAAGCAUGGGUGGCAUGCCCUAUGGCCCACAGAUGGGAUCUUAUGGACAGCAGGGACCAGGAGGCUACGGCCCCCAGGGACAGGCACCCUACUACGGGCAGCCAGGCCAGGCUCCUCACCCGAGCCAGCAGCAAACUCCCUACAGCCAGCCCCCACCAGGACAGCAGGGUGGCCAGACACCUUACCCAGGGCAGCCCCACCCUCCGCCAAAUUCUGCCCAACACCCUCAAGGAGGACCAUCCUAUCAGCAGCCCCACAUGCCCCCACAGUCACAGGGGCCACUGCCAGGCCAACCCCAAGGGCCCCCACAGUCCCAGCCACCUUAUUCCCAGACAUCAGCCCCCCAGUCUGCUCAGUCUCUCUACGGCCAGCAGCAGGGCCCUCCCAGUCAGGGCCAGCAGCAGCCAAGCUCCCAAGAUGCCCCUGGAUCACAGGGCCAGUCCAACUACCCAGGAUCCACACAAGGGCCUCAGCAGCCCCCCUCGCAGCAGCAACAGCAGGCACAGUCUCAGCCUCCACAGCAACCACCAGGGCACAGCCAACACCCACAGGGCCAACCUGCAGCAUACUCCCAGAAUCCUCAGCAGCAGCCAGCACAACAGUCACCUUAUCAGCGCUUUCCUCCUCCACAACAACAGGAGGUUUCCCAAGACUCCUUUCAGUCCAACGCCCCUCCAUCCGCACAGGCUAAAUCUGGCCCAGAGGACAGCCAAGGCCGCCCCUCCAGCCUUCCGGACCUGUCAGGUUCCAUCGAUGACCUUCCGACAGGUACAGAGGGCGCCCUGAGUCCUGGUGUGAGCACGUCAGGAGUGUCAAGCAGCCAGGGUGAACAGAGCAACCAGGCUCAGUCACCCUUCUCUCCUCACACGUCUCCCCACCUGCCAGGCAUCCGCGGACCUUCACCCUCUCCGGCUGGCUCCCCUGCCAGCGCCGGCACGCCUAGAACAGGGCCGCUGUCGCCAGCCAACAUGCCAGGGACCCAGAUGCCCCCCAGGCCAUCAAGUGUGCAGUCAGAUGGGAGUCUACAUCCUUCCAUGAGCCAGUCUCCUAUGGCCCAGGACAGAGGGUUUAUGCAGAGAAACCCUCAGAUGCCUCCCUACGGUUCCCCUCAGUCUGCCUCUGCACUGUCUCCUCGUCAGUCCUCAGGGGGGCAGAUACAUCCUGGGAUGGGCCCAUAUCAGCAGAACAACUCAAUGGGUGGCUAUGGACAGCAGGGAGGACAGUAUGGUCCCCAAGGUUAUCCCCGGCAACCUGGCUAUGGCAACAUGCCCAAUGCUAACUACCCUGGGCCGGGAAUGGGUCCAAUGAACCCCAUGGCAGGACAGGCUGGGGGUCCGCCGUAUGCUGGCAUGCCUCCAGGACGAAUGCCUCCUAAUCAAAUGGGGGCACGUCCCUAUGGCCCCAAUAUGGGUCCAAAUAUGGGCCCCAACAUGGGUCCUAACAUGCCUCCGAACAUGGCAAACAUGCCAACCCAGGUAGGCUCAGGAAUGUGUCCUCCACCUGGCAUGAACAGGAAGCCCCAGGACCCUGCAACCAUGCAGCACCCUGCCUCCAACUCCAUGCAUAACAGGAUGCCAGGUUACCCCAACAUGUCUCCGGGCAUGAUGGGCUCCGGCCCACCUUAUGGUCCUCCUAUGAACAACAUGCCUGGAAUGAUUAACACUCAAGGUGGAUCCCCUUACCCAAUGGGGCCAAACAUGGCCAAUAAUUCAAGCGGUAUGGCCCCCAGCCCAGAAAUGAACAAUAAGAUGAAUAACAAAGUGGAUGGGACUGGAACACCCAAGCCUGAAACAAAAUCUAAGAAGUCCAACUCUUCCACCACAACCAAUGAAAAUAUAACUCGCCUAUAUGAGUUGGGACCAGAGCCGGACAGGAAGAUGUGGGUGGACCGUUAUUUGGCCUUCAUUGAUGAGAAAGCCAUGGGGAUGACCAACCUGCCUGCUGUAGGUCGAAAACCUCUCGACCUUUUCCGCCUGUACAUGUCAGUAAAAGAGAUUGGAGGCAUGACCCAGGUGAACAAGAAUAAGAAGUGGCGUGACCUGGCCACCUCUCUAAAUGUGGGAACAUCCAGCAGUGCUGCCAGUUCUUUAAAGAAACAGUACAUCCAGUGUCUGUACGCCUUCGAGUGCAAGAUUGAGCGUGGUGAGGACCCUCCACCGGAGAUUUUCACUGAUAACAAAAAGAGCCAAGCUGCUAAAGUCCAGCCCCCUUCUCCAGCUUCCCUCUGCUCUACAGCUGGGUCUGGCUCUCUGCAGGGUCCUCAAACACCUCAGUCCACCAGCAGCUCCAUGGCUGAGGGGGGAGAUCUAAAACCGCCCACCCCAGCCUCCACCCCCCAUAGCCAGAUGCCUCCAAUGCCACCUGGCUCCAGGAGUAGUGUUAACCUGCAAGACCCUUUCUCUGAAGGAGGUGACCCUGCUUUCCCCAGGAAAAACAUGACGCCAAACUCUGCCUAUCAAACAGGCAUGAACACACCAGACAUGCAGGGUCGAAUGGGUGGCUAUGAACCCAACAAGGACCCCUUUGGUAACAUGCGUAAAGCUGGGGAGCAGUUUCUUCCGGCAAACCAGGGUCCUAACAGCGUGGUGGGCGACCAACAGCAGCAACCACCACAGCAGCAACAGCAGCCACCAUUCAACAGGGGGCCACCUGGGGCCAUGGGGACGAUGCCAAUGGGGCCCAGACAGCAGUAUCCUUAUGGACCAGGUUACGACAGGAGAUCGGAGCAAGGAAUGGGCCCAGAGGGCAACAUGGGAUCCGGCGCUCCUCAGCCAAACCCUAUGAUGCCUGCCAAUGCCGACACGGGGAUGUAUUCGCCAAAUCGCUUCCCACCACAGCAGCCACGGCAUGAUUCCUAUGGUAAUCAGUAUCCUGGGCAGGGAACGCCCCCUACUGGCUCUUACCCAAAUCAGCAGCCUGGAAUGUACCCACAACAGCAACAGAGUUAUAAGCGUCCCGUUGAAGGAGGUUAUCCUCCAUCCAAACGCCAUGAGUCGGAGUACAGCGGGCCUUUCCACGGUGGACAGCAACCACCUCCACAGCAGCAACAGCAGGGAGGUGCCUCUGCUCCCUCUUCAGGACAGCAGGAGUCGUACAAUCAGUACAGUGGCAGUGGGCCUUUCCCAGGCUCUGAUCGGCGCCCACCUGGCCCAGGCAAUCAGUUCCCCUUCCCCUUUGGUCGUGAUCGGAUGCAGGGAGCAGGAGGGCCCAACACUCAGCCUAACAUGCCCCCUCAGAUGAUGCAGUCGGGCCCAGAGGGUCCUCAGGGAGCCAUGUGGCAGGGACCACGCGAUAUGAAUUAUCAGAACUACCAGAGCCGGCAGGGUGGCCCCGGGGGUCCACCCCAGGGACCAGGUUAUCCUGGCAUGAACCGCUCAGAGGAGAUGAUGUCAUCAGAGCAGCGCAUGAAUCAUGAUGGCCAGUGGGGGAGUCAGAUGGGACCGCGGCAGCCUCCUUACGGCCCAGCAGGGCCCGGUCAGCCGAUGCCUCGGUCGGUACAGUCCAACUACCAGCCCCCUCAGGGUGUGCAGAACCACAUUCCACAGGUGUCCAGCCCUGCCUCCAUGACCCGCCCCAUGGAGAGCAGGACAUCGCCCAGUAAAUCUCCCUACAUGCACGGAGUCAUGAAGAUGCAGAAGGCUGGCCCUCCGGUUCCUGCUUCUCACAUAGUGCCCCCUCCAGUGCAGUCGCCUCUCAUAAGGCGAGACAUGCCUUUUCCCCCUGGCUCUGUAGAAGCCAGCCAUCCUGUCCUGAAACCACGGCGGAGACUCACUGUUAAAGAUAUCGGAACUCCAGAGGCCUGGAGAGUCAUGAUGUCUUUAAAGUCUGGUUUAUUGGCUGAGAGUACAUGGGCCCUAGAUACCAUUAACAUCCUCCUGUAUGAUGACAGCACUAUUUCUACUUUCGAUCUCAACACGUUACCGGGCUUUCUUGAGUUGGUGGUCGAGUAUUUCAGACACUGUCUCAUUGAGAUCUUUGGCAUUCUGCGCGAGUAUGAGGUGGGAGACCCUGGCCAGAGGACACUACUUGAUCCUGAUGCCUUGAAACGAGAUUUAGAGAGCACGGAGGAAGAAGAACUGCAGGCAGAGGACAUGGAACAAGAAGAGGACGAGGAUGAAGAUGAAGAGGAGGAAGGAGAAACUGAGGGGCCUUCUCAUGUCAAAGAGGAGGAUGAGCAGAGUUCUGAGUCUCAGGGUCAGGAUGAGAAGACUGAAGAAAAGAGCAAGGGUUCUUCAUCAGAAAAGAUGGGCUCAUCUCUCCCGGCUGAUCAGGAGAGGCCAAAACAGGCCAGCAAGUUCGACAAGUUUCCCCUGAAAGUGGUACGAAAGAAAGACCCAUUUGUUGGUCAGGCCAACAAUCAUGGCAAAGUACAAGAGUUUGACAGUGGGCUGCUUCACUGGAGCGCAGGAGGAGGAGACUCGACAGAGCACAUUCAGACUCACUUUGAACCACGCAAAGACUUCUUGGAACCACGACAGCGAUUACCUGUGCCUCAAGUUCUGCUGAGGCGACGACUCCCAGAAGAUGAGAUCCAGAUUAGUUGUUUGCUAGCUGAAGAAGACAGAUUGAAGCCCAGGGAAGAAGAAGAAAGGCCCAACGAGACGUCAUCCUCAGAGAAAACAACAGAGUCAGAGAAGGCAAUCCCAACGCUCAGCAGGGAAGAAGAGGAGAAAACGGAUUCUGACGCAAAGAUGGUUGAAAAAGAUGCAAAAAGCCACCAGGAAAAUAACAGACCCAUUCUGUCCUCCAGCAGUAUCUUAAUGCCGAGGGCAAAGCAGACUGGUACAAUCCUGGAGGACGAGCCUCACAGCAAAGACGAGGGGCCACUCAUCACGCUGGCUAACUGGCAGGACUCUUUAGCCCGACGUUGCAUCUGUGUCUCAAACAUUGUCCGAAGCCUCUCCUUCGUGCCAGGCAACGAUCAUGAAAUGUCCAAACACCCAGGGCUCCUUCUGCUGCUGGGACGCCUGAUCCUACUUCACCACAGGCAUCCCGAGCGCAAACAGGCCCCGCUCACCUAUGAGAAGGACGAGGACUCAGACGAGGGAGUGGGUCAGAAGGACGAGUGGUGGUGGGACUGUUUGGGGCUCCUAAGGGAAAACACCCUGGUCACUUUGGCAAAUAUCUCUGGCCAAUUGGACCUCUCUGUCUACCCAGAAAGCAUCUGCCUGCCUUUGUUGGACGGUCUUCUUCACUGGGCGGUCUGCCCCUCAGCAGAGGCUCAGGAUCCCUUCCCCACCCUUGGCCCCCACAGUGCUUUGUCCCCUCAGAGACUGGUCCUAGAAACGCUAAGCAAACUAAGCAUCCAAGACAACAAUGUGGACCUCAUCCUGGCCACGCCGCCUUUCAGUCGUUUGGAGAAACUGUAUGGGAACCUUGUACGGUUGAUCGGAGACAGGAAGGUGGCAGUCUGCAGGGAGAUGGCCGUGGUCUUGCUGGCAAAUCUGGCCCAGGGUGAUACCAUGGCGGCUCGAGCUAUUGCUGUACAGAAGGGCAGUGUGGGAAAUUUGCUGGGUUUCCUGGAGGAUAGUCUGGCUGCCACACAGCUCCAGCAGAGCCAAAGCUCUCUGCUACACCUACAGGGGAUGCACUUCGAGCCCACAAGCCCGGACAUGAUGCGACGAGCGGCCCGGGCUUUGCAUGCCUUAGCCAAGGUAGAGGAGAACCACUCAGAGUUCACACUACACGAGUCCCGCCUCCUAGACCUGUCGGUGUCCCCCUUAAUGAACUCACUGGUUUCUCAUGUUAUCUGUGAUGUACUCUUUUUGAUUGGCCAGUCAUGACAGCUGUAGGGAGCAGCGGCUCCACUUUUAGGAGGUGUGGAGGGGGUUUAACCCCAAAUCCCCUCUUCCCUGAAAACUUGGCUUAUGUGUGCAACAGGGCAAGAAGAGUUCAAGUGACUGUCUUUAAUUUAUGAAAAUCCUUAAGAUUCCAUUCUCUGAGCUCUCCGCUGGCUGUCCGUGCUGGAGGAGAGUAAUCACAGAGCUGUGGUGGAUUAUGAACCAGAGAUGCCCACAAAGUGACACUACUUGCAUCAUGAAUGCCAACUGGACGACAUGGAGCAGAGCACCACGGUCGGGAGACGGUUCUGCACUUGGGGGAAAGUACUUUUUAAUAAAGAUAACUAAAUGAAUAAAUAAUAAAUAGCUGAAAAACAAAAACUGUUACCAAAGUUGCUGUCUCGUUUACAGUGAGUUUGGGAGACACAGUGUGCCCUAGCUCUCCCCUCGAGGGCACAGUGAGUCUGUAACUGGUUGACGUUCAGAGGUGAAGCAGACUGACAAAGUGGCCUACUGGUUCUAGUUGCUGUAGAUGGAAUCUCACCAGUCAGCCCGACGGUGCGCAAAGUGCUGUCAAUAGACACCUUCACCAGGGAGGCCUGUGCAGUGUGCAGUAGAUUGUAGGACAUUUUCUGUACCGUACUGCUCUUGAGUGUAAGCAUUCUGUAACACACGUUUCACACAGAGGCAGGAGAUGCAGCUCUACUAGAGUCUUGAGGUCAUUUUAGUUUGGUGUUAAACAGAAAAUGGCUUUCUUCCCCAAAGUAUCGAGAACCUACAACACCCUUACCUCCUCUUAUCCCUUGAUUGUAUGAAUACCCUUAUGAAAAGAAAUCACCUCUUAGGACUGGUUUUCAACUGCAAAUACAGCUUUGCUGUGGUGUAUAUAUAAUGUUGUACAUUACACUUCCUUUUCUGUGUCUGUCUCUGUCUGUGUCACUAUUCUCACACUUAUUAUCAGUGAGGGAUUGAGGCUGACAUGAGAGUUUGGUCUGUGACCUCCAGUCCCUGCUGAUUAGACCUACACCUCUGGUCUCUCCACAGCUCCAUAGUGCAGCAGACACGGCUCAAACCUGUUAUCUCCUGGUACAACAAAAAUAAACUAGAUGAACUACACAUUUGACAAUUUUUCUUCAGUCAUGAAUUCUGCAUAUUUGUAUUUCAGACUAUGUAGCUAAGACAACAUGUAAAUUCCUCCCUUUCCCUUUUUUGGCUCAAUGAAUAUCAUUUAUUCAGUAUGAAAUCUUUAUACUAUAUGUUCCACGUGGUAAGAAUAAAUGUACAUUAAAUCUUCGUAA